AUGCUGGUUUCCAGUUUUCUCCAGCAAUUGAAUUUUGGAGAGAAGUUGUGUGAUCAUGUUGAAUGUGGAAGGGGAACAUGCAGACCAGACUGGAGAUACCCUUUGAGCUACGUCUGCGAGUGUGAUCCGGGUUGGAAAAUGAGUCGUGACGGCUACCUCUUUAGGUUUCUAGCAUGCGUGAUUCCCAACUGCACUCUUGAUUACUCUUGUCAACCAGCUCCUCGUCCUGUACCUCAGAGAGAAGUUCCUCGCAAUUCAUCGUUCUUCGAUCCUUGCUCUUGGACUUACUGUGGAGAAGGAACCUGCAACAGAACAGAUACAUACAAGCAUGUAUGCGAAUGCAGACCCGGGUUUUCGAAUCUUCUAAACAGAACAUACUUCCCUUGUUACAGUCAAUGUACACUCGGAUCCGAUUGCUCCCGCCUCGGGAUUACGGUCGAAGAUCAGCAAGCGACACCGGAUGGUGGAAAAGCCAACACAUUCCUUCCAGGGAAGCUUCAUUGGGUGGCUAUUUUGGUGAUGUCCAUGGCUAUGGCUCUAUGGAAGUAGCAGUAAAUUAGACCC